AUGGGAAAUAAAUCCAGUGAAAAUAUGUAUUUCAGUAUUUUAAUAUUACUUACGGUGGUUUUACCUUCUGUUGUAUAUUGCAAUUAUUUUGGAACGAAUAACAAAAAGAACGAUCAAUGUUUCUGCAAGUUGAAAGGGUCAAUCGAUGACUGCAGUUGCAGUGUGGACACAGUGGAUUACUUCAAUAAUAUGAAAGUUUAUCCAAGACUCCAGAGCCUUCUAGUCAGAGAUUAUUUUCGUUUCUACAAAGUAAAUUUAAAACAAAAAUGUCCUUUUUGGACUGAUGAUAGUAAAUGUGCUAUGAGAUAUUGUCUUGUACAACCUUGUCAAGAUGAAGACAUUCCAGAUGGUUUAAAAGGAGAUAUGCUGAGGAAUAUUCAUUUUAACGAAAGUCCUGUGGAUAAAUAUAAAGUCAGAGGAGAGUUUGAUGAAUGCUUACAUAGUGCUAAAGACCAUAAUAGAGAACUCGGUUACUUAAAUACGACAAUUAGUUUAGAAAACUAUAAAGAUUUUGAAUUGUGGCGGCAAUACGACGAUGCUCAAGAUAAUUUUUGUGUAAAAGAAUCUAGUCCUGGUGAAUAUGUAGAUCUUUUGCUAAAUCCUGAGAGAUAUACAGGCUAUAAAGGACGUAGUGCACACAGGAUAUGGCGCAGUAUUUAUAUGGAAAAUUGUUUCAGACCUGAAAAUUCACCGCAUAAUUUUAUUCAGUCUUCAAAAAUAAACGGAAUGUGUUUGGAGAAGAGAGUUUUCUACCGUGUUAUAUCAGGCCUUCAUGCUAGCAUUAAUAUUCACUUGUGUUCAAAAUAUUUAUUAUCAUCGAAAGAUACUUUAGCAAUAGUACCCAGUGGUCAGUGGGGUCCUAAUUUAGAAGAAUUUCAAAAAAGAUUUUCACCAGAGGAAACUGGAGGUGAAGCUCCAAAUUGGUUGAAAAAUUUAUAUUUUACUUAUUUGCUUGAAUUAAGAGCUUUGGCUAAAGCUGCACCAUAUCUAGAAAGAGAAGAAUAUUAUACCGGUAAUAAAGUACAAGAUAAGGAUACCCGUGUGGCAAUAAACGAUGUUCUAACUGUUGUUAAAUCAUUUCCUGAACACUUUAACGAAAGCGUCAUGUUUACCGGUGGAACUGAGGCUCAAUUGCUAAAGGAACAAUUUAGACAACACUUUAGAAAUAUAUCUCGUAUUAUGGAUUGUGUGGGGUGCGAUAAAUGUAAACUUUGGGGAAAACUACAAAUACACGGUUUGGGUACAGCGUUAAAAAUUUUAUUUUCGGGAAAAUUCGACAAGUGGGAACCAACACUGAAUAAUUUUAGUCGGAAGUUCUUAGAAAGGAGCGAAAUUGUUGCUCUUGUAAAUAGUUUUGGAAGAUUGUCAGAAAGUAUCUUCGAGUUGGAUAAAUUUAGACAAAUGACGAGAUAGCAGAAUGUUACCUCGUAAUUAGACGAUUAAGUUAAUAAAGUAAAAAAGAACA